CAUAGACUUUACUAGCAGCGGAGCCCUGUGCGCCGGUGCGGGAGGCGGAGCCCGCAGCUGCAGCCGGCCCGGCCCAGGGAGGGUUUCCCGUGGCUUGGCCCUCCGCCCACAGGGUGUUCUUUCCUGUGUUUGAAAAACGUCAAAGAAACGCUUUCUAUGCUGCUCUGUGUGCCUGAAAACCCCACUGAUCAGCCAGGGCUAGGGGAAGAGCACAGUUCCCUGGGUCCUUGUCUCCUCCUCCAGGAUGCUGAGGGCAGCCCUGUGUGCUGUCUUUCUCUUACGUGCCCUGCCAUCAUUGGCCAAGGAGUCCCAAGGGCAUGUCUCCGUGGUCUUGCUGGGAGCCACAGGAGACCUGGCCAAGAAGUACUUGUGGGAGGGGCUGUUCCACCUCUACCUGGACCAGGUGAGCAGUGGCCACAGCUUCACUUUCCAUGGGGCUGCGCUGAUGGCACAUGAGCCAGGGCAGAGGCUGAUGUUUGAGGUGCUGAAGAAGCUGGCCUGCCCGUCGGAUGUGUCCCCCGACAGGUGCGCUGUGGUCAAGGACCAGUUCCUCAAGCUGAGCCGGUAUCACCAGCUGAAGACGUCCGAGAACUACACUGCCCUGAACCGGGAGAUUGGGACUCUGCUCCAGCAGGAGGGGCUAGAGGAAGCUGGCAGGAUCUUCUACUUCUCGGUGCCGCCCUUUGCCUACGCGGAGAUCGCCCGCCACAUCAAUGGUAGCUGCAGGCCGCGCCCUGGAGCCUGGCUGCGGGUGGUGCUGGAAAAGCCUUUUGGCCAUGACCUCAAGUCAGCCCAGCAGCUGGCCAUCGAGCUGAGGACUUUCUUCCGGGAAGAGGAGAUGUACCGGGUGGAUCACUACCUUGGCAAACAGGCUGUGGCCCACAUCCUGCCUUUCCGAGACCAGAACCGACAGCUUCUGGACCCAAUCUGGAACCGGCAUCAUGUGGAGAGAGUAGAGAUUGUCCUGAAGGAGACUCUGGAUGCUAAAGGCCGCACCAGCUUCUAUGAGCAGUACGGCGUCAUCCGUGACGUCCUCCAGAACCACCUCACCGAGGUCCUGCUGUAUCUCGCCAUGGAGCUACCGGCCAACAUCAGCAGCACCGAAGAGGUUCUCCGUCGCAAGCUGCAGACCUUCAAGUCGUUGCAGGGCCUGGAGAGCACCAGCGCGGUGCUGGGUCAGUACCAGACCUAUGCCAGCCAGGUGCGGGAGGAGCUGCAGAAGGCCCAGGACUACGUCAGCACGACGCCAACCUUUGCAGGUGUGUUGAUUGAGCUAGACAGCCUGCGCUGGGAGGGAGUCCCCUUCCUCCUCACCUCUGGCAAAGCUCUGGACGAGCGGGUAGGCUACGUCCGCGUCCUCUUCAAGAACCGGGCCUACUGCACCCAGCGCGAGAGCCUGAGGGAGAUGGGGAAGAGCCAGUGUGGAGCCAAGCAGAUCAUCUUCCACAUCGGGCACGGGGAGCUGAGCUGUCCUGCCGUGCUGAUCAGCCGGAACCUCUUUAAGCCCAUCAUGCCAGAAGGCAGCUGGAAGGAGAUGGUGGAUCACCAACAGCUGCACCUCUUUGGGCUCCCGCUGUCGGAUUAUUAUGUGUACAGCCCCGUGAAGGAGAGAGAGGCUUACUCCGUCCUCAUCUCCAGCAUCUUUCACGGCAGGAAGGACUCCUUCAUCACCACUGAGAACCUGCUGGCGUCUUGGGAGUUCUGGACCCCGCUGCUGGACAGCUUAACCCAGCAGGUCCCGCGCCUGUACCCGGGGGGCCUGGAGAACCAGCACCUCUUGGACUUUGAAAUGGUGGGCAGGGAGCUGUCCUUCACGCUGGAGGAGCCGGUGGAACUGCUGCACACCGAUAGGCGAACGCCAAGUGCCUACAGAACCAUCCAGGCCAAGUUUCGGCAAAGCCCCUUGGUUUCGGCUUGGCCAGAGGAGCUGAUCACCCAGUUGGCAUUGGACAUUGAGAGGGCGGCGGCCAAGGCUGUGACACGCUGCGGUGAGUUCCACCUGGCCCUGUCGGGCGGCUCGAGCCCCAUAGUCCUGUUCCAGCGGCUUGCGACACACCACUACAGCUUCCCAUGGAGACGCACCCACUUGUGGCUGGUGGACGAGCGCUGCGUGCCGCUUGCCGAUCCAGAGUCCAACUUUCGCAGCUUGCACGACCACCUCCUCCAACAUGUCCGGGUACCCUACCUCAACAUCCACCCCAUGCUGGUGCACCUGAACCGACGGCUGUGUGUGGAGGAGGACCAGGGGCCAGAACUGUACGCCAAGGAAAUUGCAGCGCUAGUGACCAACGCCAGCUUGGACUUUGUGCUGCUGGGGCUGGGCUCCGACGGGCACACGGCCUCGCUCUUCCCGCAUUCAUCCAGUGGCCUCGAAGGGGCCAAGACGGUGGUGCUGACGGAGAGCCCCGUCAAACCCCACCAGAGGAUGAGCCUCAGCCUGCCUCUCAUCAACAAAGCCAGGCAGGUGGCUGUGCUGGUGAUGGGGAAGAGGAAGCACGAAAUCACAACCCAGAUCAGUAGAGUGGGGCAGGAGCCCAGAAAGUGGCCUAUUUCAGGGGUCAACCCCAGCUCUGGCCAGCUGGUGUGGUACAUGGAUUAUGAUGCUUUGCUUGGAUGAUUUCUUGGUUUAUUCUCCCCUCACACCUGUCCCGUUGCCCCUUGGAGCCUGGAUUUUCCAACUCUGCACACAGGCUCCUGUGUUUACAAUAACAGCUCCUGCUCUGAACAGUUUCUCUAACUUUUGUGAAGAUCCGUUGGCUGUAACGACUCUGUCAUCUGAGUCUAGAAAGGGGGGCAGCUCAGUGCUUGGAGAUCAGCGUUGUAUUCCUGACUCUGCCCCUGACUGCUUCUGUGACCUUGGGCAGGUCACGUCGCUGCUCUGUGCCUCAGUUUCCCCCACACAACAUGGGGUUAAUAAUACCUACCUACCUCGCAGAAGCCAUCUGAGACAACUCUGAUUAAUUGCCUGCAGAGCUCUUCAGGAUUCUCAGAGGAGCAGAGCAGAGAGAAGCGGAGUGUUACUGACUGAUAAUGUUCACCUCAGAUUAGACGGGCUGACAGUCAUUUUCACGGUGGCCAGAGGCUCAGUUCCAGUUCCAUCCCAAUUGUGCUGUAGUCCUGUAUGUGCCAUCCUUUACUUCAGCAAAAUGCUGAGCAUUUUCCCACUCUCUUCUUUACGGAGCUCUCCUAGUCUAACGUGUUCUGGUGCAGUUCCUGUUUUAGAGCUCUCCCGUAUUGGCAGGUCUGAGGCCCUGCUUCAUUGUAAGGGCGACUGAUGUGUGGCCCUGGCCCUGAUUCAGCAAAGCCCCAAAGAAUUUGCUGAUCAAUGGGACUUAAGGGCAUGCUUUGCUGAACCAGGGUCUAGCCAUGUGUAACUGUAGUAUCCACCCUGAGGCAUGAGACUGUUAAUGCUGAGAAAGGGAUAGGGCUGUAGUCUAGAUCAGCCCCUUGGGGUGCUGGUGAGCAGUCACUAGCUCUUGCGAACUUGGCAAGGGGGGUGGCCGUGAUUGGGUGCAGUCAUUGGGCACUGGAGUUUUCUAGACCCUGCCUGCUUGCCUUAUGCCAUCCACGGGAUUCGUCUCAUAUUAACCUUUGUCAAUUGCAUUGGUCCUGUUAUUGAUUUCCUCCCUUCCCCUCCCGGCCCCCAAAAAAGAAAAAAAUCAGUCCCCUGCCCUACAGGGGUGUGUUUAUGCAGCCCUGGAAACUGCAGACACCCAGAGACUAUCCCUUGUGUGACCGACACCGCCUCCUCCCUGGCACUGAGCUGUGUGCUGAGUGCCGGUCUGAGGCUUUAGAAAUUGCCCUGGUGUACAGGUGUAGUCAUCAGUAGCAACUGCUGUUCUUCCUAAGUGGGGAGCCAGCACCACAGGGGGAUGCAAAAGGCAAGGGAUGUUUAGGCUGUCAGGAUUAUGGGGAUUGGGCUGAGAGCAUUGCAGCUCAGCGCCAGUUAUUCUGGAGAUGUCAUUUGUCUGCGGCAUGACGUUACCGCUGGAUGAAGCUUCCCUUGUCAGAGGAUCAGGGGUGGGGGGCAGAGUUAGCUGAAGAUGGAAUUGAGUUUCCUUAAAUAUCCUGAGGCGCGUUUGUGUUAUAGUUCCCGGGAAGAGCCCUCCUCCGCCCGCGUGGGCAAGUGUGGCAUUGUUCAGCAGCUUGUGACCUCUCCCCACGAGGCAGCUGUAUACAGUACUACUGUCUUCAGCAGUAAUGAUCCCGCCACCCCAGCACUCACAGCAAGGAUACUGCAGCGACUGGGGCUGUUACUCCCGAGCACUGGGGUGCUGUUGGGUAAGGGGAGGGAGUUUUUUGUCUCCUGGGUGUUUUCCAGCCAAUCCACAUGUUGCUGUCACCUUGUAGGGAGGACACAUCCUUUGAAAACAUUGGAGGGGAUCAGAAGAGCGUAGACCAACUGCACAAAAGUGGGGGGUGCAGUCCUAUUUAGUAAAGGGCAGAAGAAUCUUUAGAACCCUCUUUCCCCCACUGCCUAAAUUCCACCUUGCCCAUGUACAGAUUGUCCUUUAUAUAAGCCUUCGCCCCAUAUACUCUAGUGACGCUAUGGCCUGCUUUAGUGGGCUAUUUACUGUGGAGUGCAGGAGGAAGUUUCUUUUUUUAGAUAAGGAAACCCGGAUUCUGCCGACUACACUGGGAGAUGUUGAGCUGCUCUGUGAUCGGGCCGGGGGAGGGAAGGCGGCGGGGGGGCGGAGGUAAAUCCACCCAAGCAUUGCACGGCCAGGAGUACAAAACAGAGUCGUAGGAACCCAGAAUAGGGACAUUGUACCAGUUCCUGGCAAAUCCAGAUCUGCUGGUGUGUGAUCCGCACCUAGCAAUGCCACAUCCUUGACCGGCAGAACUGGAGAAGGGAAGUAAGUGACUGUUUUCAGAGGGAUUUUUAGGAGCCCCCUUUUGGGAAGGGUGAAUUGCUGGCUGCUGACUCUCUGAUGUUUGCAGCGAGUGAAAGAAUUAGUUGUCCAGUGGUCCAGUCUUGUCGGAAUCCAGGUGGAUGUUCUCAGUCAGUGACGGGUGCGACUGCAGUUCAGUGUAAAAGCUGGAGUCUGACACAAGGUGGCGCCAUGACCAAGCAAACCAAGUGGUGAUAAAUGGUGUGUGUUUUCCAAGCAUCACAGUGUUUGCCCUGAAACCACGGGAGGCUGCUCCCGUCAUGCUCCCGAGAGUCUCAGGAGCCAGCCCUCGUGACCGACACAGGUGUGAAAUGCUGGGGGUCUGGGAGGUGGAUAUUGGGACCAGAUUCUGCCUGACUUCCACCCCACUGAACUCCAUGGAGAUUGGUGGAAGAGGGCAGUCAGGGCACAGUCAGACAGCUAGCCAUGUUGAUGAUGCAUAAGAUGGGAAGGAAUUGGGUUCUCUCUCAUGGCUGAGGGGCUAGCAGGAGUAACAAAUUUGGAAAACCAUAUGGGUCAUUAAAAUCAGCAGCUAGGAUUCAGAGUAUAACAGGGCUGCAGGACAUUUCACCCUGUUUUUCAGAGUUGGACUUCACUGUAAGCUGAUUUGGAAUUCUGAGAAUAUAUAUUUGUUGCGGGUGUGGUGGGUGGGUUGUCAAGAUGUUUCAAAGAGGGAAGGCAUAUGGCUAACAAGACUAUCCAGUGUUAGCUGAAUUAAUACCAAAAAAGCCUUGGAAGGGAUGUAAAACCCCUCUUCUGCAGAGUCGAGCCAACCUCAGACUACUAGAGAUUGGGAUGAGAUGUAAUGUGGGGGGUCAGAUUAUCCCACAUUUGUGCAGGUCCCUUGCACCCUCCUCCAAAGCAUCGGAUGCUGGCCGUUGUCCGAGACGGGGGGGGGGACAUGGGUGUCAUUCAGUCUGGCAGUUCCUGUGCACCUGUGUUCCCACUCCUGGUCAUUCUGAAUGGCUUUUAUUGUAGCACGCAAUCCUCUUUUAAUGGUGUGGAUACAAAUAAAAUGGGGAAGCUCUUGAGAACCAAUCCCUUAUAUUCAGACCUAGGGCAGACUGAGAUAGAGCAGUAAGGUGGGGUGGGAGAUGUGUUCUGAUCUCAGUGAAAUUCAGAGCUGAAGCCUUUCCUCAGUUAGGGCUGCUUUGAUUUCUGCCAUGGAGGUCACUGCACCAGUGCAAGGAAAGACCAAGGUGCAGUGUGCACAGGUGCCUCUGACCAAGCUGGGAUAAAUUGCUCUGGUGCAAGGAGCUUUACUUGGCUACAUUAGGGAGGUUGCACUGGUGUAGCUACAUCAUUGGCUGAAAUCCCCAGAGGAGACAAAGGCUGUCUAGUCAGAGAUGACCGUGGGUUGGAAUUACCUCCUCUCUGGAUUAUUAUGGCAGGCGGGCCUACCUAUUGGCCUCAAAGCAAAGGGUAAGCGUAAAGCACUGUGUAAUGGGGAAACCUGUUGGCUGCUUUUAGGAGGGGCGAUAGGCCAGGCAUGCCUCCUGCAACUUUGGGGCUGUGGGUCGUCGGUGGAGGAAGCGGGGGGGCGGGGGGAGCUAGACACCCACUGUUGGGCCUGCUAUGCCAGGCCUUGCCUGGGUGGCCGCUGGGGGAUUUGGGGUGGUCCUGCAGGCCAGCGGCUGGGUGCAGGGGGUCUGAGCGCAGCAUUAGAAAAUGUUUGUGGUUUUCCUCGUCUCCAUUCUGUGUCUCAUAUCAUCAGCUACAUUGUUUUCUCCAGACAGAAAAUCCUCCAGCUUCUGAAAGCAUUAACACAGACUGCCUACUACCAUCAAAAUCCCCCUACAAUAGGACCUUGUCAUGUGAUGCUCCCUUAGCUACCCGCUGUGCCUCACUUCCUGGCCUGCUUCCUUGAUCCCUUAGUCCCAAACCAAACAGAGGAUACAGGUAUACUGCAUGUGGGGCUUUCCAUACAUCUGAGUUCCCCCCUUCCUGAUCCUCCCAUUACUGCCAGUUAUUGCAAUUGCCUGGUAACUACCCCCCCAGGCUCUCUUAAUCUCCUAAUAGAAAAGUGGUUAAUUGCUUCCAGCUGAGCCUGUGGCCUUUCCUUGUCUACAACAUUGUCAGUGCUCAGGGUGGUGCUGCUAGCCCAUUGUCACAGACCUAGAAAAACACAAUUCUGCCUGCUCUUGGCUGGCUUGGAGUGCCAGGUCACUAACAAACACUGCUAAUUCCAAAAUGUGCCCUGUGGCUGAAGCAGCUGUGUAAAGGAGGAGGUUUUAGGCCUUGGAUGGCUGAAAAUUCAAAGCUUCAUUUUUCUUUACUAAACAAUAUUAGCCGUGUUGCCUUCAGCUUCAUUCAAAUGGCGUGUGUGGUGUAACAGGUUUAAUGUUUAAAAAAAAAAAAAUUGGGGGGGGGGAACUCCAGGAGAAUAAACGUAAUGGCUAUCAGCAGAAUUUCUUUCCAGAUGAGAAGGGGUUGUGACAUUGCAGGAGUGGGUUGGGGUGGGGUGUUUCCUUGGUUCUUUUUUGAAUAAUCUGGCUGAAAUUUUCUAAAAUGACUAGUGGUUUUGAGGUGCUCCACUUGACACCUCAAAGAGGCAUGAUUUCUCAGAAGUUGGGUGCUCAGCUAUUUCUGAAAAUCAGGACCCCUUACGAUAUCUUAGGUUGGGCACCCCAAAAUUGUGAAUAAAACCUCAGGUUUCCCUUUAUAAAAUUCUAAUAGAAACUUUGUACAUAAGUGUAUCCUUAGUUAGUAAUUGUGCUUUGGAAUAUAUCUGUGUUUUAUUCUUCACUGAAGAUCUUUUGAUGUAUUUCUCAGAGCGAUAUCUUUUUCAGAAGCAUCUGUUUUAAACUCUUUAAUACUUUGUUCGUGUUUGCCAAAUGGAAAAUAACAGAGUGGGAAUAAAUAUUUUUAAACCUCCAAAGUUUACCAGCAAGAGAUUUGGGGAGCAGGAUGUGGGGGAGGGAACGUGAAACUCUAAAAUAAGUCUGACACUGAAAAAGACAGUGUGGUAAAGAUCUACUUCAUUCUAGACCAUGGAAUCAGAGCGCUAGUUACAUUUUGGGAAAGCUAUUAUUAGAAACAGUUGAUAGAUUUUUAUUUUGAGUGAAUAGUGAGCUAGGAAUGCUGUGUGCAGUUGUGUUGCUGAGAGAAUGUGUGUUAAACAUCCUUGUCAAGAGGAGCCCAUUGAGUGACUUUUUGCAGUCAUUUUAUCAUACCACCAAUUAUUUGUAUUGUCACGGCGCUUUUUUUAAAAGGAAGAACUAUUUCUUAACAGUGUUCAUGCAAAGCAAUGAUGUGACCGUUUAUACGUAUUUACAAAAAUCUAACACUGGAAACAGGCCAUUUUUCACAUGGUUUAACUUUUAUGAAUCAAGCUGUAAAGAGUUAUUUUCCUGCUAAUAAUGAACCAUAAAAUGUUUGGGAAUUGAUGGAAAUUUAUUUUUAAAAAACAAAUAUAUAUUUUUGAAUAAUAAAAUCUUUUUUUGGCCAAAA